GGUCUGAAGUGAAGUCAAUAGACUAAGCCAGAAGCAGUCUUUGACACAGACACUGAAUACAAGCAGAGCGCUAAUACAUUUUUACGGCCUUUAAGAAUCUAGAACAGAGAUGAAGGCUGAUUGGUCAAUGUGCCCGUAUUUGAUUCUCCUGAUCCUCCACCAGACCUCCAGAUCAGAGAUGUUCCAGCUUCUGGGUCCAGCUGGUCCUGUCAUUGCUGUAGUUGGUGAAUAUGUUGUCCUUCCCACUCACCUCAAACCCAACAUAAGUGCAGAGGAUAUGCGCAUAGAGUGGUUCAGACCGCAGAACAGAGACCCACUGGUGUAUCUCUACCUUCUGGGAGAGAGCAGGAAUGAGUCCCAGAACCCAUCGUACAGCGGAAGGGCCGCACUCUUCCCGGAGGAACUGAGGGAGGGCAAUACGUCUCUGAGGCUGAGCAGGGUCCAGGUCUCUGAUGAGGGGCAGUAUUCAUGUUACAUUCAGUCCAAGUCUGACAAUAAUUACCGCAUCAUGGUUUCACUGGAAGUAACAGCUGUAGGAACUGAGCCAGUGAUCUUCAGGGAAGCAGAUGAAGGAGGGGAGGUUGGCCUGCUGUGUGAAUCUAAAGGCUGGUAUCCUCAGCCUGACCUCAUCUGGCAGGACAGUGAGGGUCACAAUCUCACCACUGAGAAACCUGAGAUACUCUGGGACAGCCUGGGCCACAUUGCCAUAAGAACACGUGUCGUCAUAAACAGAGAAGGCAGCAGCAGAUUCACCUGUCGAGUUCUGCAGCAGAAGCUCCAUGAGGAAAAGGUGACAGAGUUUUGCCUCCAUGAUGAGUGUCAAAGCCGUCCAUGGAGAGCUGCCUUUGCUGUCACUAUGACUGCACUUAUUCUCUUGGUAAUCGUCCAGUGUGUGUUCAUCCAUCGUUGGAAGAAAAGCCAUCAUCCUCCAGGGAUACGAAAUGAGACACACAGAGGAAGAAGUGGAAAUAUAUAGAUUUGAAAAGAUAUGAUAUGGGAGAACAUUGAAAUGAAAUGCUAGAUGUGUAAUACAGAAGAAUUAAGCAGCUUCCCCCUUGUUGAAGGUGACAGCAUCAGGUCUUCAUGCAGGUGUGGUAUACACCAAUCAGCCCCAACAUUAAACCCGCCUGCUUAAACCAGUUUUUUAAUGAUUAAAAAUGCUUUAUACAGUGAUAAAAACUGUAUAAACAUGUGUAUGGACCCUUAAUAUUUAAUUAUAUGAUAGGUGCACUUAUAUAAGCAGAUAAUCAUAAGUGAAUUGCAUUCACAAGUAAAAAAUUUUAAUGAAAAUGGAAGUCUUGUGAACUCAUUGUGGAGUGCAUUUUUUGUUAUUUAAAUAUCCUGGUACGUACUGGUCUAUCGUAACUGGUGCUAAAACAAAAAUAAAUACCUAAGACCAACUUCAUAUUGAAGAAAUCGAGGCUGAAUAAGACUUCUGUACAGUACUGUAUAUAGUGUGGCAGGUUUAAAUAAUAAUCUGUAAAUAUCUGUAGAUAUUUAUAAUGGGGGUGGCAUUGGCUCGGGAGGUAAGAGUUGGAGGGUUGCCGGUUCGAUCCCCCCCUAGGUGUGACAAAGUGAGCGAGACACCCAACCCCCAGUUGCUCCUGGUGAGCCAGUUGGUGCCUGUAUGGUGUGUGUCAGUGUGAUAUGCCUGGUUUUAUAUGACCUUGAUAUGCAGUGUUUUUUAUGAGCUUGAUAUGCACUGUUUUGAAUAAAAGCUUCUGCUGAAUAAAAUGUAAUGUACUCAG